AUGGAGUCAAUGGCGGGAGCUUCUCUGCUGCGGCCGCAAGGGACCUCGUUUCCUCCGUCCGAUGGAUUCCCCCGGCGGAGCUCCCCAUCCUCUCGGAUCACAUCCGGCGUCUCGAGCCGGUCGUCACCGUCUUUGAGCUUCCUCUGUGCUCGGUGCUCCCAUUCCCCGUCAGUUUCGGUCGCGCCUAGAUCGCCUGCGUAUUCUCUCUCUUCUCGUUGCUCUUGUGCGUGAUUCCUGAUCCUCCUGGUCGACGUUGACUUGUUCCUCAGCUUUCCAUCUAGUUCCCGUUUUCUGCUGGUUGACGGCAAUUUUUCACUGUUGCGCAUCCAAGGGGCAGUGGAAAGCAGGAAGGUCGUGAGGGGGAGGUGCCUUUUAUCGACUGCACAGGAGUUUCCUGAGCCUAACAAGGCAGAGGGAGAUGGUUCCGACAAAGUCCAGGUCUUUCCCUCGUCUUUAUUCUCUUCUACUAUCAUUUUCUGUUGCUCCAUAGGUAUUGAUUUUAGGUUAGAUUUUUAUUGUGACGUUUUGAAGAAUGAGAUAGGCAUUUUUUAUCGGUUAAUCAUGGAAAUUUACUAGCUAUUUCAUGAUUUUGAUUGACAUGGUUCUUUUCUACUGAAAAUGGUUUGUGAUUAAAAUUGUUCAAUCAUAACGACAACUAUAUUAUAUUAAAUAUAUUCGAUGUGAUUGUAACUAUGAUUUUUUUGUAUAUUUAUGCUUAUUUUCGUAAAUAGCCUUAUCAUAGACAUAUAUUCAGUAAAAUACCACUUGGUAUUUACAACUAUGACUGAGUAGAAAAGGAGCUAAUGGAGAGUAAGCCAAUUACGUAUGCUUUAUCUAAUUAACACAAAUAUAAUAUGUUCCAUUCGUGAUUUUGCAUUAAUAUGUUUUCAUAAAUUAUGACAUAUUUUCUGAAACAAACUAUGUUUAAAAGGGAAAGAACGGUUAUUAAAGUAUUUACUAAUAUCUGGUAAGCUGACAUUAAUUACUAUUAAGCAGAAUAUGACUUAAAAGGCCUGGAAUCCCUCAUAACAUCCCUGGAGAUUUCUUAUGCCAGAAACAUAUGCGGUGACCUCACUCUUUGCUUAAAUAUGAAAAAAAAUAAAGUUAUUUUCUGUGCAGGCUGUCCUUCUUGAUAUAUUCAACUCUCUGUUGAUUCGGCUUGGUAGAGUAAGGAUGUGGUUCUUGAUUAUUCUUGAUAGUAAAUUGAUUUCGCUUAUUGUUUUUACUCUCAUAGGAGGGCAGGCAAAACGGACUGGAUGUUUUAAGGAUCCUUAAGGGAGCCAACUCUUUUAUUCCACACAUAGUAUUAGGUAGCACGGUGUUGGCCCUCGCUUAUCCUCCUUCAUUUACGUGGUUCACAACCAGGUCAGGGAAAGCCUAUUGCUCUGAUGCUAUGCUGAAUGCUAUUGUAUUCUUGCUUGUAACUAUCGUUUUUAUUGUUAUUAUUCUUUCGAUUGUCACUUUCUGUUGAUUCGUUAUGUAACCAUGUUACCGAAUCAUCCAUAUGUACAUAUUUUAUGCUGAUUCGUCUCUUAGAAAUAUUAUUUGAUGAGUAUGGUGUUAAAACUGAAUUAUAUUUGUUGAUUUUUUAUCCCCACUCAAAGUUAGUGUUUAUGUAUCGUAAAUUGUCUUCUUACUUAUGACACUGAAGAUGUGCGUGUCUCCAGAUAUGGAUUUGGUUUGGUUUUCUCCUUUGUAUAAUGUUUCCUGUCCCUUGGGCUUAUCCUCUCUUUCUACUCCAUUUCUAACUUUGAGGAGGUGGAUGCACGAUUGACAAUUAGAUGGUGAGAGCAUUCUAGAAUAAUGCAUCUCUUUUCUGGAAAGAGUGCGCCAAAGUUGUUUAACAUAUGAAUGGGAUGAAGUAGCUUUGAGUAAGAUUACCCAGGUUAUCCAGCUGUGAAAUGGUGUUUGAUCAUACUAAAAAGAACACUCCUCCCAGUCGUACCAGGAACCACAUUUACAUGUUGCUGCGGUCACUGACCCUGACAAUCUGGUCAAACUUGGAGGUGGUUCCCCAAAGGAAAAUUUUAUAUCCCAACUACAUUUUUUCGCCAAUGUGAUUUGUGUCUCAAUGCGCUAACUACAAAAUAUUUAAAAUGGUAUAAAUGCUAGCUGAAUGUAUGGAUUUUAGUAACAGCAUGUACUGUUGAAGUUUUUUUUAUUGACAUUAGUCUGCAUAUCAUAUUUUAAUGCCAUUGUUGAAAUAAAAACUCCAAAUGAAUUUUUUUUUGGAAUAAAAACUCCAAAUGUUGAAAAAAAAAAAGUCAUGUUAAUCUCAACCAAUGAUACAACUGAAAAAAACUGUUUCAGGUAUUAUGCUCCAGCAUUGGGAUUUCUGAUGUUCGCUGUUGGAGUUAAUUCGAGUGCAAAGGAUUUUCUGGAAGCAAUUGGCAGACCAAGAGCUAUUAUCACUGGAUACAUUGGGCAGUUCAUCGUCAAGCCUUUCUUUGGGUAUCUUUUUGGUAUCUUAUCAGUUACGGUUUUCAGACUUCCCACGUCCAUAGGUAAGAGGACAAAUAGUGCAUCAAUUUUCUUCAAGUAAAAAUGGGAUCCUUAUCCUUGUGUUGGAAACUCUUUCAAUCAGGUGCUGGGAUCAUGCUAGUGUCAUGUGUCAGUGGGGCUCAACUCUCAAACUACGCCACUUUUCUGACAGACCCAUCAAUGGCCCCUCUAAGCAUUGUUAUGACAUCACUGUCAACUGCCACAGCUGUCUUUGUUACACCAGCCUUAUCAUUUCUACUUAUUGGGAAGAAGCUACCAGUUGACGUGAGAGGUAUGAUGUUAAGUAUCACGCAGAUAGUUGUUGUACCAAUUGCUCUUGGGCUGUUCUUGAACAGGUUAGUACCUUUUCCCACAUCAGGGAUGACAUUCUUUCUUUUAUUUUAUAAGUCAAAAGCUCCAGAGGUAAUAUUCCUUGAAAUAACUGUUUUUUAGGAAAUAACUAUUUUAAAGAGUACCACAUUGGAAAAAUCAGAUAAAAUCACUGAAUCUUGUGGUUAUAUGGACAGCCUUAUCACAUACACAUACACAUAGACACUCUCCAUUGACCUGCACGUGAGGUUGUUUAUUAGAAUAAUCUGGCAUUGAUUGUGAGAAGUAAAACCCAAAUGAAUUGACCUGCAUGUGAGGAUGCUCAUUAGAAUAAUAUGGCACUGAUUGUGAGAAGUAAAAUCCUGCAAUAUAAAUUGGUCUCGCGAUCCAUUGCUUUUUGAGUUAGAAAUUUCAGCACUUCGAAUUAUUCAAUAGUAUCAGCGGAUAUCAACAUGCUCUGUAGAUACUCCACGCUCAUCAACCUUUUCCUUUGCUUCACUAUCCCAGGUUUCUUCCCCGGAUAUGUGCUGCCAUCCAGCCAUUUUUGCCGCCUCUGUCUGUGAUUGUGACCGCUCUUUGUGUUGGUUCACCAUUGGCGAUAAAUGUUGCGUCCAUUGUGUCGCCCUUUGGGAUGACCAUCUUGACACUCAUUCUUGGAUUUCAUGCAUCGUCAUUCGUUGCUGGCUAUCUUCUUCCCGGCAUAGUAUUCCGCAAAGCACCUGACAUGAAGGCUCUGCAGAGGACAAUCUCUUUUGAAACAGGUCCUUUUUUAUCUUCCCCGACUUAUUGGAACUUUCCUCUUUUAGCAUCAGAUGCAGAUGAUAUCUUAUGGCUAUUUCCAGGGAUGCAAAGCAGCCUUCUAGCACUUGCACUGGCAAACAGAUUCUUCCCAGAUCCUCUCGUGGGUGUCCCUCCGGCCAUUUCUGUAAGUCAACUUCUCUGACAUUUCUGUGACGUUUACUGUUUGGGGGGUUCAGUCAAUGAAAUGCCAGAAAUAGACAUCGGUAUUGUUAGAAAAAAAAUCAUCCAGAAGCAUUACAGUUGCUGGGCAUCCUGGGUAUACCUCCAGGACAUCAAUCAGGUGAGUAAAUAAUCAUAAGAUUAAGAAGUAUGAUGGGAAUGAUGACUUUGCCUUUUUAAUUAUUAAUAUAUAUAUGUGAAUAUGUCAACCCAGAAUAUCCAUCUAAACCUAUUUAACUCUGUGGUUUAUUGAAGGUUGUAUUGAUGUCGUUGAUGGGAUUCUCUCUGGUCAUGAUGUGGUCGAAGAAGGAUACAUGA